AUGUCGUUAUUCGCGCCAACAGUCCGCUCGCUUCGACUAGUACCUCCCGUUUCCUUCCGCGGAUUGAAAUCGACAAGCUUCUUGUUUGAAUUGAACGCGGAAUCACCAUCAGGUCCACGUAUCCCUCGAGCACAGAGAGGACUUCCUACCAAAAAGCCAAUACCGGGUGUUACCAAUGUAAUUGCUGUCGCGUCUGGAAAAGGCGGGGUUGGCAAGUCCACCACUAGCGUGAACCUGUCUCUUGCUAUCGCGAGUAUGAAAAAGCGUGUAGGUAUAUUGGAUGCGGAUAUCUUUGGCCCAUCGAUUCCUAGGCUUAUGAAUCUUACGGGUAAGCCUGAAUUAACCGAGUCGGGUAAUCAGCUUAUUCCACUCAUGAACUAUGGAAUUAAGUGUAUGUCGCUCGGAUUUUUGAUACCAGAAGAAUCGCCUGUAGUAUGGAGAGGUUUAAUGGUAAUGAAAGCCUUACAACAGUUGAUUUACCAAGUACAUUGGGGACAAUUGGAUGUGCUUGUGAUUGAUUUACCACCGGGAACAGGAGACGUGCAACUGACUUUAACACAACAAGUGGAGAUGACUGGGGCCGUUAUUGUAUCUACACCGCAGGAACUUGCACUUGCUGAUGCAGUAAAAGGAGCAAACAUGUUCAAGAGCGUGAAUGUACCAGUUUUGGGCAUAAUUCAGAACAUGUCAACGUUUGUAUGUCCUCAUUGCACCCAUGAAACUCACAUAUUUGGCGCAGAGGGAGCUCGGAGAAUGUCUGAACAACUCGGAUAUGAAUUUCUCGGCGAUAUUCCUCUGGACGUUGAUGUCUGUAAAUUGUCUGAUCAAGGUAAACCCAUUGUCGUUGCAAAACCUGAAAGUGCACAGGCAAAGGCUUACAAAGACAUUACAGCAAAAGUGGUGAAAAAUCUAAAAGCCUUUUGA